GCUGGAAUUCACAUGCAAGACACGGGCGACAGUUUGAGCGAGUUGUAGAUCCCGCAUGUAAGAGCUGCUCUUUUACGGUUUUCUAAUAAGAAAACUGCAACGUUGUUAAUAAGACACUAUAAAGUUUAACACUGCGAUGUAGUGGGCUAACGGCAGGGAGUGAGGCGAUGGGCUGCACCUCAGCCAAGCAGUUGUCAGCUGUACCCAAUGAGGACGAGGGCCAGGGCAAGGCUUACAGCAAUGGAGAUGCCUUUUCAGAAGAAUACAGAGCAAAGGGAGUGGACAAAGUCAAGCAUGCGCAUGGUGAAGAGGACCAAGUGAACGCAUGCAACCAGGAAAACCUGGAGAAAAGCACACUUUUGCAAAAGGGCAAACUGAAGGACAGCCAGGGUGUUAAUGGCAACAAGAUAAGUAUCCACUCGUCUGAGAGCCAGCAGGAGUUUUUUAGGAUGCUGGAUGAGAAAAUCGAGAGGGGGCGGGACUACUGCUCAGAGGAAGAGGAUGUCACAUAGCACAGUUCUGAAUUUUUAUUCACUUCCUCUCAAGGCCAGAUUCCCGGUCUCUCGUCAUGGCCAACUUUCGUCUCCUCUCCUCUGCGAGCGCUCACAGGAUGAGCAAAAGCAAUAUGGUGCAAACACAACACUAAUCCACCAACGCAUUGAGGCAAGGGCAAUUCUAUACAAUGUUUCUUCCUUCUUUACACCUGUGCUGAUACAUGUUUUAUACGAAGCCCUUAUAGGUUUUGUGUACCAUCAACAACACUUUGACAUACAUUUCAAUAGUUAUAUAUGUUCCCCUAUUAUGUGGUAACACAAAACUAUUGGGAGGUUGUGCAAAAGUGUUGGGAUAGAACACAAAAGCAAAGAGAGCAACUGGUUCUCAGCAGUGUCCUCUCAGGGGCUUCGUCAGUCUGUCAGGAGAGGAGAUGGGUCAAAGUUGGCUAUGGAAGAGUAGAGGGAUGGAGCUUUGGCAAAAGCCAUGUUCAGACUGUCUAGCUAUGCCCCUGCCUUAUCCUGUUGCUGCCUAUCUAGAAGAUUUAAGAGGGAAAGAGGAGUUGUUGAACACUAAGGCAGUGCUGGACACCGUUCUUUUUGGCCAUGUUUAAUUUUGAACUUUUUGCAAGUGAUCAGGAUUUUUGUUUCUUAGUAGUUUUGAGAUACUAAGUGAUGCCUUUUUGGGGAAGGGAGUACACCCCAGAUAUUUGUUACUGUUCCCAAGCACUAGAGUUAUUUUAUUUCAGAUAAAUGCCAUUCCAUUUAGCACUGUUGCAUUCUUACAAGAUAUUUAUAUUUAGUACAGCACCCUAAAUGAAAAUAAUCAUUCUCAAAUCAUUGGCUUGUAUUUCUGUUUCACUCAAAGACAGCAAAUUUACUGUCACUCCAAAGAAAUUCCCAUUCUGCACUCAUUCAUAGACAAAUAUUAGGUGAUAGUUGGAAUUUCUAACCGGAUAUUUUUCUUUCCUCUGGCCUUCCAAGGAAACUUGGUCAUUAUCUUGCAAGUUGUGUGGUCUUCAUAUGUACAUUUUUUCUAGUCUUUUUUUGUAACUUAUGCUCCACCUCUGGAUCAUGUGUGCAAAUCUCAGGACACUUGUGCUGUUCAGUAUUGACUGCGAUUUACUGUAGAAAUACACUUUACUAUCGGGACAUUUCAGUUCUAGAAUCCAUUCUUCAGUAGUAUCUAUAUGUGUUGCCAUGCAAAGAAUGUUGGACCAAAUAACUAUUUAAAAUGACUUUGUUGUAUCUACAGAACCUCUGCUGUCUAACAAUAAAGGUCAGAUAACACAAGAUUGAGUUUAGAAGUUGAAGGGUCAUUUGAGUGGAUGAUGUGUAAAUGGCAAUGGUAAGUGUUGGAUCAUCUGAAUGGCUCAAUAUAUGUAGAAUCAGCUGUGAGGGGUCUUUUGGUUUACUUGAUGCAAGAUACAAGCCAGUCCUGCAUACAGUCCUGUGUAUGUUUUAUUCCUGUAAGUCACAGUAGUGUGUCCAAAUGUACCUGAAAUGUUUACUUCAAGUAUUGAAAUCACAAAGUACGGCAUUAACAUGUAUAAGUAUACAUGGACAGUAUUGUAAUAUGUCUUAGUAUCCAGCCAUGUGAAAUCCUUAAACUGCUCUAGAUAUAAUACUCUAUCUAGGUUAUACUUGCCAAUCCUACAGAUCUGUUAAAGAGACUUGCUUGACAUCCAAUUCAUUUUGUUUUUCUACUAAAAAUAAUAAUAAAAAACAUGCAUUAAA